AUGCAUGAGGAGGAAGAGGAGGGGGAAGAAGAAGAUUAUGAAGAAAAUGGGGAAUUAAUUAUAGAUGAAGAUGAACGGCCUCCUCGUCCACUUUCUGCUCCUGAAAGUGAAGUUGAUGUUAUGGGGGAAGAAGAGCAGCAUUAUUUAUUAGAAGAAAAAGAGGAGAAAAAUAUUAAAAUAGAGGAAGAAUUGAGAGAAGAAUUAAAACAACCAAAAAAAGAAGUCCAUUUAAUUAAUGAUAAUCAUUCAAAUGGUUAUGACCCUUUAAGGUUGUUAAGUUCGGCAGCGGCAGCUGAACAUGAACAAAUACGAAAAAUGAGCCAAUAAUUUUUUGAAUAUUUCUUUAAAUGCCAAACAAUUUUUUGUUCUCAAAUCUGAUUCUAUUUGCCAAAAAAUUAUUUUUUUGUAAGGAUUUUUGAGCCAAAAAAAACUUUUGGUUAAUUAUACAGUCAGACUUGUGUUUUGUCCGUGCUAUUCUAUCUGGCUUGGUAGGGGGGAUUAAUUCUAAGUUAAAUUUAAAUUUGUUUUGGACCCGGGCUCGGUACGGAAACCGGGUAUUUUGAUAAAAUCCGGGGUUUUAGCCCGGAUAACCCGGCCCGGGUCUGAUUGGAAGAAAAACCCCCGGAUACCGGGCCCGGCAAAGUGAAAAUGUCGAACUCUAGUCUCCAAUUUAUUUUCGGAUAUAAAUCCUUCCCUUGAGGACUGUGUACCACAGAAUUUUGACUGUAUUUUACCAUGUUCACUUUCUAUAAUAAACCUAAAAUUGUCUAGGAGUUUAUGGUUUCGUUAAAGAAAGUUGUCAACGUUUUGUAUUUUUCCAAAAAAAUUUUCUCGGUUUAUCUUUUCGCUUUUUUCACUCGAUUGUCUCAUUUUUUCGCGUUUAUCAUCUCAUUAUUUAUAUAUCGCCUCAUCACUUUAAAAUUAAAUUUUGAAGAUAGAAAACUCUUAAAUUCGGCCAAUAAAGCUAAGAAAACAUAUGAAGUAUUUUUAAAAAAUUUCUUGCUCUUUAAUUAUUAAACAACAAUUUUUUGAAGACCUCAACCAAUAUUUUCCCUUCCUCUCUACAUUUUUUAAAUGACCAAAACUUUUUAUCAUGUUUAAUUUUGGUCUUUUUUUUGUAUUUUCUAUAUAUUUCUUUUUGAAGUGAAUAAAUAUUUUGUUUUUUAAAUUUUAUUUUAAAGGUAAAAAACAAUUCUAAAUAUAACAAAAAAUAACUAAAAAUAUUUCCUGUUUUUAUUCCUAAACUGGGUAGGGAUUUAAGGUGGUGGAGAGUCCCAUAUAGAGGCCGGAAUGGGAGGGUCGAGAUCAGAUAUUGAAAAAUCUCAAAAUGCCAAAAAAUUUGGUACGAGAAUCGUAGAAAAAAUCGAUCUUGAUAUAGCCGAGAUUUUCUAUCG